ACAAAUCUGCAGACCUGGCAUCUCUGCGAUAUAGUCAGCUUUUGCUGUUUUGUACCAUUACUGUUUUCGUUUUGAAAUAUCUAAAGAUCUAUUACCAUCGAGAAGCAUUUGAGAAGUAAUUUCUGCUCCAUUGUGUGAAGGUUGCGUGACUAACCAUACGAAGCAAAAAUGGAUGCGGAAAAGUCUAGUAGCAGCUCGUUUGAAGAUCUUUCAAACCUUAACGAACAGGAACGAGCUGAGAUGAACUCUUCAACAGAACAACAGCAAUCGAGCACGAAAAAAGAUGAUUACAUGGAUAUUUUAGGUAAUGGAACUCUACUGAAAAAAGUUUUAAAAGAAGGGCAGGGAGAACGACCAGAAAGUCGUGAUAUUGCGCUCAUUAACUACACCGGACGAUUGGAGGAUGGUACACUGGUGGAAGAAGAGCAUGAAUUCCGGGUUCAAAUCGACGAUGUGGAAGUGGUGCAGGGUCUCGAUAUGGCACUCAAACUGAUGAAUGUCGGAGAACAGGCUGAAGUAAUCGUCAAUGCAAGGUUUGCGUACGGCGAACAUGGAUUCAAAAAUGAAGAAUUGCCGGAACGAAGCGUUCCACCAAAUGCAAAGGUGAUCUACAAUGUCGAAUUAGUAUCGACUAAGGAAGAGAACGACCUCGAGGACAAAUCGUAUGCAUCAAAAAAAGAAAUCGGGAACAAAAAACGCCUGAGAGGUAAUUUUUGGAUGAAAAGACAGGAAUAUAAUUUGGCAAUACAAAGUUAUCGCCGUGCGCUGGAAUAUCUUGAUGAAAGUGAAGGAGGUAUAACGAAACCAACGGUUUCCGGCGAUGUGGAGCCCUCGAAUGCAGAACUGCAGGAUUUACUAGAAGAUCGCAUGAAGGUUUAUAAUAACUUGGCGCUGGCUCAGCUGAAAAUUGCAGCUUUCGAUGCCGCACUGAAGUCGGUCGAGCAUGUAUUGCAGUGUCAACCGAAUAACGCUAAAGCACUGUUUCGCAAGGGAAAGAUACUUGAUGCUAAAGGAGAAACAAAGGAAGCAAUUGCGUUUCUGCAGAAGGCAGCAACAAUCGACGAGGAUGACAAGUUAAUUCAAUCGGAACUAUCGAAAUUAAUCCUCAAAUCGAAACGAGAGGCUCGCAAUGAAAAAGAUCUAUACCAAAAGAUGCUGGGGCAUGCCCAAAAAUUAGAACAAAAAUCGAAGGCAACUCCCUCGGCUCCUAAUCGUGAAGCAUCCAAGCUAUACUCUUUUUUCCAGUUCAAACUAUGGGGCUACUUGAUGGGAUCCAUUCUGAUCGGUGUUGCCGGUGUAGCUAUCUACCGGUAUAACAAUAAAUACUUUUAAACGGAACUGGUGAGCGAAAUCUUUGGCAGUUAGGACCAUAAACAGUGAGAGUAAGACGAGCAAAAGAAAAUAGAAGCAAAGAGAUAUUCACAUCAGAAGCAAGGGAUUUGCGUACGAGAAUCAAGAACAAUUUUUUAUCGAUUCAUUCACUUGCACAUGUAAAUUUUUGGAACAUCCAGUCUGGGUUCAACAUUUUUCUUUAUAAAAUAUGUUAUCUCAGAGGAUUUUGAAAUGUAGAUCGAUGUAGUGUAGCAGCGACCGACAUCUUAGAGGAGCUUCCUUUCGAACGUUUGAUACAAAUAAUAAUAAAAGACAGCUUUUUUUAGAUUAAAACAGUACAGUUGUGAAUGAAAAGGUAGGUGGCAUGAUGGUAUAGGGAUACUCAUUAAACAACCAACUAGAAAGCGACGUAUUUAUCAUGCAUUUCUAUUUAUCACGAAACGAACAGGGAUGAACAAUUUUUCACUGCAAUUUAUUCUCUUAUCAAACGAAAUCCGUUUUCUAGGCGUUUUGUCAAUAAAACCAAUGCUUAAAAUAUACAAUCGUUUUCGCUAUGCUUCGUUUCUUUUUCAUUCCAGUCAAUCAAGGUGUAUGUAUAAAAGUGAUGAUUGUGUAGAUUUUCUUUUUCAAUAAAUAAAAAUGUAUGCUGAUACAAAUGCU